AUGGGCGCGAGCUUGGGGGACGCGACGAAGGGAGCGAGCCUGCCGCCUAGGCGACCAGUCCGAGCCCGACUCGCCGGCUCAGUCAGUCAGUGCGGCGGCAGGGGCAUGCGAAGUCCCGCUCGGACCAUUUUAACUGCGGCUCCGCCGGCGGCGCGCGCACCCGCGACUCAGCUCGAAACCGCAGGAGCGCGCGGCCCGCGCGGGGAGGGGGCGGAGCCGGCGGCGGCGGCGCGCUCGGGGCGGGGGCGCGGGCGCCCGGCUGCUCACCCGGGACGGCCGCUAGGCAGGGACUGCUGGGAAGAAGUGGGCCGACGAGGACGUAGGGCUCGCGGGGAGCGGCGCACGCACCUCCCUCCGGUCGCCCAAGGUUUCUCGGAGGCCGCUAGGCCCACGCCCCCUUUGUGGGGCGGGAGGAGACGCUUCCGAGCCAGCUGUGUGACAUCCGUUUGCACAGCCGCGCUGGCGUCCGUAGGUGUAAGUUCAAGAACUGCUAUUGGCCGGGAGCCGCUCGGCUCUUCCCCUCACCCCCACCCCCAGGCUCCGAGACCCAGGUUGCCCUGUAGCCAUAAAGCCGGUUCCGGCGGAAGGCCAGCCUGGGUCCCGGCUGCCUCCGGUGGAGUAGGGGAUUCGUGGCCCUUGGAUGGGGUCGACCUGUGUUCUCACGUGAGGGGCUAACUGGUAGUGCAGCGCCGCCGUGUUUCUCCAACUUGUUUUCAUACUUGUUGCUUGUGGCCGACUACUAACUUUUCAUAACUUUAUUUCAGAAUGAAAGCAUAGAUCAAAUUACCUAUACACACCAGAAAGAUAAAGUUUCUCAACCCAGAGAAGUCAGGGAGAUUCUGAGCACCAGCAGAUGCUUUACUGUUGGCCUUGAAGAAGCAAACUGCCAUGUUGUGGAGAGCUAUGUGGCAGGAAAGGCAGGUGGCUCUAGCAACCAAGAGUAGCCCCUGGCUGACGGCCAACAAGAAGGCCAGCCUUCAGGCCUGUACUCUUGAACACAGAAUACAGAAUUGUGAAUUCUGCCAACAAAUACAUAAGCUUGGAAGAAGACCUCGAACUACAAAAGGGAGCAUGGCCAUGCUGACACCUUGAUUUCAGCCUUGUGAGAAUCUAAGCAGAGUCCGGUUGAGCCCAUGCCAAGACUGUGAAAUAAUAGGUUUCAUUUUAAAUCACUACAUUUGUGAUAUUUGUUGUUGCAGGAAUAGAAAAUAUAUUCAACCACCAAAUACAGUCCUAUGGAAACCAAGACUUGAUGUAGUUUAUCAGGAAAAAGCAAAACAAUCAUACUCCAAAGAUUAAUUCAAGUGCAUGAAAGGAAACAAUUAACCAGGAGUUAAUACAGAGAAUUCAUCAUUCUCCCACUUUUAUAUAAAUUAAUGGAAUAAUUGAGGCAAAGGUAGUUUAUUUUACUUUAUAUUUUCACUUAAGAUCACAUAUUUAUCUUUUCCUCCACUUAAAUUAAUACAACAUAAAAUUGUUCUACUGCUUAUAUCUCCUCAAUUUUGUGCCCACUUAUAACCUGUAUUAUAAUUGAUAUUUUCUCAUUUUCAACUGGUAAAACAGGGCAUUUAGAAAAAAAGAAGUUACAUGUGUUUCCCCAUCCAACUUCAUGUUUUCCCUCCUAAGUUUAAUAACAUUUGGGUUUCUUGUUAUAUAACUUUAAAAUGGUUACAUGCUUGCUCACAAUAAACAAAGGCCAGAUAAUUAACAUUACUUUUAGUGACUCAGAAAUGGCAAGCCACAAUCCUCCAUGUUGACAAUUUGUGGUAUCAGUAUAAUAACCAACUAAAGUCGAUGCUUCAAAUCUGUUUGUUCCACUGCUGAGUCUGAUUACUGGUAGCAGGUUGCCCUUUCCUAGCCCCUUUCUUAUAUAAAAUGGGUUCUAUCUCCCAUUCUAGAGAUAAAAUAAUUAUAACCUGGAUCCAAAAACUGAAAGGAUUGAAAGAACCAUUCAAGUUACAUAUGUAAUCCCUCGUGGGACAAGUUGGGGACAGAGGAAGGGUGGCAGGAGUGGUGAUGCAGGGAUAACUCACCUCUGCUCUGAUCCUCUGUGUGACACUGGUGGCUUCAUUAAUCCCUGGAUUAUGAGAUUUUUGCCUUAAGUUGACCACCUGAGCCAAGUGAUGAGACAUUGUUCUUUCCUGCUACUCAGGGAGUGGAUAAUCCUCCCUGGACAUAGAAAGGGAUGAUAAAGUACUUUUUAAAUUAUUUUUCCUCUCUAAAAUUAGAAGUUUGAGUCAUAUCUCAGUGUGAAAGCAAUGGAAGAAAUGAUUUGGGAAUCUAUUCUCUUGAAUCUCAUAAAUUACAUCAAUUCCCUCAACUUUGUGGAAGCGCACUUUAUCAGUAUAUCAUCUGUGUUAUCUUGAGUAGCUUUGGGUUUCAAUUCUGUUCUACUUGCUUUUUAAUUAUACAUUGCUGUUUGUCAUUUUGAAUUUAGUUUGUGUUUCAUCAGUUAUGCCUACAGUAUGUAGUGAUACAAAUACAUCAACCCUAUUUAGGGUCCUUUAUUUCCCACCAACCACAUGUUAAAACAAGGGAUCAGGGAUUAAAAAUUAUAUUGUCUAUAACCCAAAUGUUAAAGCAGACAUAAAGAUAAUCUCCUCUAAAUUUAAUUGUUCAGCAACAUUUGUUAUUAAGAGUCACCUCUCCCACUCCCAUCUGAAAAAUGGGAAUGAGUCAAAUAUGGGUGUUAGGAUCUUUUGUCCCCUCCAGGGAAAUUGAUCCAAAAAGCCUGAGAACCACUGUUAUAAGAAGCAUCCUAUCUUUUGUGACUUCUUUUUCUUUCACCACUGCUUUAUAGAUUUAUUUCAAUUUUAUUUUGGAAGUGUGUGUGUGUGUCUUGGGGAAAAAUAUGAAGAUUUUUCCCAAUUCCUGUUGUUUUGCCAAUGAUUUUCUCUGACAAAUCAAUAUAUUUCCUCCUAUUUUCUUCCAUAUUGGA